GGGGACGUUUGCAGGACACCCUUAACUGCGGAGCGACGUGAAGCUGAGACUCGCUACUCAAGCAAUGCUUCAUCUGCUGCAAAGCAGCUGAGUAGUGCAGAAGGCCAUCUGAACAAGCUAGCAGUGGAUCCUGCUCUAACAGAAGCAGAAGCUGCUCUCAAAGACUUCCGCCACAGCAGUGAUGCAGUGGGAUGCGCCGAAUCUGUACGAGUGAUCUCCAAGGCGCAACAGAUCAAGGCCUUUCUGUCGGAUGACGAGGAUGCCCGCUCGCUUCAGCCAGAGGUGAUGGUGACGCAGGAGCUAGAGAAGGCCAAGGCAAGUAGCGACCGCGCCGCGCAGGCGAUUCUUUAUUUGGCUCUGUGCGAGAUCCUGUCCUUCGGCACUGCCGAUAAAGGCGCUCCCAGCCGGGCCAUGCGAGACAAGGCCCUGGAGGCCGGUAACGAGGCCGCGGAUCUUUUUCAAGGUCUUGCCGAGACCAGGAUGCAAGCGC